CGUGUGCCAGCUGUCACUAUAAAACCUCGCGCAGUUCACGGCACGCCCAGGAAAAGGCGAGAGUCGCUCACCUGUGCACGUGCCGCGUGCAGGAGCGUGCACGCACACACACACUCACACACGUGGACACGCACGCACUCUCACGUGGACACGCGCACACUCUCACGUGGACACGCACGCGCACGCUGUCUGGACUUGUCCACUCAAGAUUUCAGAAGGCAUACACCAACAUGGCGGCUGGCCUUGAGCUGCAGUGCAUUCUGGGGGCGGCCAUGAUGCUCUGCCAGGUCGCCUUGACGACGGGCGGAGCUCCUCCACCUCGGGGUGCAGGAGGAGGCUACAUGGAGGUGCCGGGCCAGUACAAGGGCCCCCUGCCCAGCAGGGACAAGCAUUACGGGCGCGAGCAGUACGUGCCACUCGAAGUCCCCUUGCACGGCAACGGACACAAGGGAGAGAAAGGACAGCAUGGAGAACCUGGCCCACGGGGGCCUCCAGGCCCAGCCGGAGUGCCGGGAAAACCGGGAAUAGGCCUCCCCGGAGCUCGAGGUCCUCCAGGAAUGCAUGGCCCUCCGGGAUACACCACCAUGGCCAAGCCGGGCCUUCCGGGUCUUCCCGGAAAGCCAGGCCUGAAGGGUCUGCCCGGGCCCAAUGGAGACGUAGGCCCUCAAGGGGAGCCCGGAUUGCGGGGUGCGCCAGGAAUCUCAGGAAUGCCGGGAAAGCCAGGCAUUGCCAUGCGCGGGAAGCCGGGGCCGAAUGGAAUCCAGGGAGUGCCCGGUGGGAUUGGCCCACAGGGUCCUAAGGGCAACCAAGGCGUUCCGGGAGUGCCGGGGUUCAAGGGCGAGAACGGGAAUGGCAGGCCUGGCGUCACGGGCCCAAGAGGAUUGCCCGGACCUUCGGGUCCUCCAGGAGGGGCCGGAAAUCUGGGAGUUGGAAAACCAGGGCUUGAUGGAAUUCCAGGCCUCAAGGGACUGCCCGGACUUCCCGGCGAUAAAGGACUUCCCGGGCCGCACGGCCCUCCCGGAUUGCAAGGAAAGCCAGGUUUUCCGGGUCCGGCUGGUGUGGGAAAACCGGGACUGGAUGGGAAGCCUGGCCAUCAGGGCAUUCCCGGACUAAAAGGCGACAAGGGCCAACCAGGCGCACCGGGUCUCCCGGGAAUACCGAUCAAUGGCAAGCAAGGCAUUCCCGGUGGGCGCGGAGACCGGGGGCCACCUGGGGGCCUCGGAAUUCCAGGCCCCAAAGGCGAGAAGGGUUUCAACGGCGUUCCUGGCUUGAAUGGCCCACCGGGAGAGAAAGGCCUCACAGGGCCACCGGGAGGCCGUGGGAUUCCAGGGCAGGGCGGUAUUCCGGGAGCGAAAGGAGACAUCGGAAUGCCGGGCCCUGUGGGUGCCAAGGGAUAUGGUGGGGGUGUCGGUCAACCGGGCCUUCCGGGUCCCAUCGGCCUUCCCGGCGAUGAUGGGAAACCGGGCUUCCGCGGCCCCACUGGUCCAUCAGGGCCCAAGGGGGAACAGGGAGACAAGGGCCUUCCCGGCUUCCAGGGACCGCCUGGCCCCGUGGGACCAAUGGGAAAACCAGGACCAUCGGGGCCGCCCGGCCCUCGUGGCAUCACCGGCAAUUCCGGGUUGCCGGGCGGAGUGGGGCCCAUCGGUCCACCAGGCCUCCCUGGAGCCAAGGGCCACCCAGGCCCGGUGGGGAACCCCGGGGCGCCGGGCGUGGGUAAGACGGGUCCGGAGGGCCCCACUGGGCCAGCGGGAAAACCGGGCCAGCCGGGACUCAUCGGCCGGCCCGGACCGCCGGGCCCCCCGGGAGUGCCGGGGAAUGCUGCGCAGCUCAUCGGCCCCAACGGCCUCGGCACGUCGGAGCUCCAGGGCUCGGCGAACGGCCACGGGGUGGACGAAGGCCCCCGCCCGGGCGCGUCGGGCAGGGUCGAGGGCUCGCUGGGCCGCUUCUCGGCCUUCUCGGCACGCCUCGCCGAGCCCUUCCCGCAGGCCGGCGUGCCAAUCCGGUUCGACGGCGUCAUCUACAACACGCAGCGGCACUACAACCCCACGACGGGCGUGUUCACGUGCGCACUGCCCGGCGUCUACUACUUCGCCUACCACGUGCACGUGAAGGGCAGCAACGCGUGGGUGGCGCUUUACCGCAACGGCGAGGCGGUAAUCUACACCUUCGACGAGUACAAGAAGGGCUUCCUCGACCAGGCGUCGGGCAGCACCGUGCUCGAGCUGGGCGCCGGCGACCGCGUCUGGGUCCAGAUCCCGUCGGGCCAGGCUGACGGCGUGUUCGCCGAGAAGCUCGUCCACUGCACCUUCUCCGGGUUUUUGCUGCAGCCCAUGUAAGGGGUAGAGGCGGGGGUCGGGAGGUAGGGGGUAGGGGUGGAAGGUGGGUGGGUGGGUGGGGGCGUUUAACCCGAGCCUUCGUACAAGAAGAGAGGAGGGGGCUCCCCUCCACCCACCUCCACAAUGCCCCCCCCCUCCUCCAUCCCACCUCCACAAUGGGGUCCAGUGGAUAGGUGGAAUUUGGGAGGGGGGGGGAGGCUCUUCCUACCCUGCCGCUCUCCCACCACCACGGUGUUCUGCCUCGGGCCCUGCAGGAACCUCCGGGCGGCCCGGUGUGGCGAUACGUGGAGCAGAACUUGGUCUGGAGGUUGUUAAGUGAAGUGGGGUUUCUCGUCUCGUGUUGUGUUUAUCUCGCGUUUAUUUUUGUAACCGAGUCAGAGCAAAUGCGUCUGUUGUUGUUGUUAUCUGUGUGUUUUGUGUGGUUGUGUGUUUGUGUAGGGACAGCAGCAGCAGUUGUCAGUGUAACAAAGCCCUGAUGAGAAGAAAAAAACCAAGAAUAGACUUUUACCCUUUUCUAACAAUAAAGCAAGAGCUAUGUUAAGAUGUUCACACACCAAAUAGAUGAUUAUCACAGCGCAUCAAGUCUACAUUAACCACACGUACUUGUUGCAAUAAAUGCAAACAAAGAUGCUCCGAUAAUGUAUGCAUCGUCUUUGAAAUUGAUUGGCCUCCAGCAGUGUCAGACCAGAGAACGCCAAAAGGCGAACCCUACAAAGGAAAUGCAAAUUUAAAAGCGUGAAUCGCUUGGGUUGAGCCGCUAUAUCUAUGGGUCCUUUUUUUGCCAGUAUCAAAAUAGUGAAAAAAAAUCAGAAUUGGCUUCGCCCAUUCUGGCAAUAAGACAGCAGGUGUUAAGAUGUUCAAACACCAAAUAGACACACCGAUCGCAAGGCAUCAUCACGUCGGCAUUCACCACGCACAGAACUCGUGGCAAAACAUGCAAACAGACAUGGCAAAAAGGUUCCAUAGUAAAGCCCUGUUUGACCGAUGCAACACAGCAGUGUCAUGGCUUCACUGUAGUUGGGGAUGAUCAGUGUGCAGCAACUAACCCCCUCAUCCCAGAGUCUCUUCUGCCCAUUGAAAGCUCUCUUACUGUGAGGAUUGCGUUACACGGUCUAGAUUUUAUCAACGCACACACACACACUGCUGAUGUUUCUGUAAGAUCAUCAUCAUCAGCGUCGUUAUCAUCAGCAUCGUCAGUGUUAUAAGUCAACCGAAACAGGGUUACGUUGCCUUGCCAACGUUUAUUUUCGUAUCUUAUUUUAAUGAUGUUUGAGGUUUAUUGGCAAGCAGCGAGGGUUGGUAGAUCACCGCACACGCAGAUAAUUUUGUGAAACUCCCAUCCCAUGGGCGUCGAGCAGUUGCCAUAUCCCUGGCUCCCCAGGAGAAGGCAGUACAGCAAAGGUGGACGAAUCGCCAUCCGUUUAUUCCAUCUGUACAGGGAUAGAGAGUUGCCCCCCAUCGUGCAAGGCAUGAGUAUUUUUUUUCUGGGUGCUCCUUUUUGCUCCCACAUUGAGCCCAUGACACCUUCAUACAUCGAGGACUACAGAGCUUGGGCAAUGGUUGGUAGUGCCGGCUCCUCACCAGCACGUGGCUGCUGAUGCCUUCCCAAUCCUCGUCUGUGGUUUCUUCUCCCACGUGAAUAAAACUAAUCAUGUUUAGCACCGACUCACCAUUAAUUGGCUGCAAAACUCUUACAGAUUAAAAAACACAUUGUGGCAUCAGCAGCAAGACCCUCCUGAAUAUAGAAUCCUACUUCUCAGCGCGAAUCUACGGGAUAAAUAAGUAAAAUAUUUAAUCAUCAUAAUCCAGAAAACACAAUGUAGCCGUAUUUGUUUUGCAAUUAUCGUGGUGCGCAUUGUGUGACACUUAGAAUCGCGGCGUCUGUGAAGUGUGUGCCUCAGAUGUCAUCAUCAUCACCAUCACGAUCCAUUGGCAGAUAGCCCGUCGUAGGUUGUCCACUGCACAUUUCGUCAUGUCUUUCCACUUUCAUCCGUCUUGUAUCAAUACCUUUUGAUCGUUGUCAAGCCACAGAUGGUCGUGUAACUAAAGAAAUAAUUAUAACGGUCAACAAUGUACCACCAAGAGGCGGUCCAAUGGCUCUGUUAUCUCAUUAUUUUCUCCAGAAUCUCCCACAUUGCCAGGCCACACAGCAUUGCGGAACUCACAAUGCACAAUCAAUGCCCUCAUCCACACUGGCGCAUUGUUACCAUGCCAAUAAUGCACGGCCCUUUGUCAAUUGACACGUCAAAUAUGUAUAACAAAAAAUUGCCACAGCCGCUAUUCUCGGCCAUUCUUUUGCCGCAUGUCGAUCAUCACAUUGAACGGGUGCUGGGUGGAUUGGUAGAAGAGGUGCUGGGUGGAUUGGUAGAAGAGGUGCUGGGUGGAUUGGUAGAACAGGUGCUGCUCUGUGGAUUGGUAGAACAGGUGCUGGGUGGAUUGGUAGAACAGGUGCUGCUGGGUGGAUUGAUAUUACAGGUGCUGGGUAGAUUGGUGGAAUAGGUGCUGCGCUGUGGAUUGGUAGAACAGGUGCUGCGUGGAUUGGUAGAACAGGUGCUGGGUGGAUUGGUAGAACAGGUGCUGGGUGGAUUGGUAGAACAGGUGCUGCUGGGUGGAUUGGUAGAACAGGUGCUGGGUAGAUUGGUAGAACAGGUGCUGGGUGGAUUGGUAGAACAGGUGCUGGGUAGAUUGGUAGAACAGGUGCUGCUGGGUGGAUUGGUAGAACAGGUGCUGCUGGGUGGAUUGGUAGAACAGGUGCUGCUGGGUGGAUUGGUAGAACAGGUGCUGGGUGGAUUGGUAGAACAGGUGCUGGGUGGAUUGGUAGAACAGGUGCUGGGUAGAUUGGUAGAACAGGUGCUGGGUGGAUUGGUAGAACAGGUGCUGCUGGGUGGAUUGGUAGAACAGGUGCUGGGUAGAUUGGUAGAACAGGUGCUGGGUAGAUUGGUAGAACAGGUGCUGGGUAGAUUGGUAGAACAGGUGCUGGGUGGAUUGGUAGAACAGGUGCUGGGUAGAUUGGUAGAACAGGUGCUGGGUGGAUUGGUAGAACAGGUGCUGGGUGGAUUGGUAGAACAGGUGCUGGGUAGAUUGGUAGAACAGGUGCUGGGUGGAUUGGUAGAACAGGUGCUGGGUAGAUUGGUAGAACAGGUGCUGGGUGGAUUGGUAGAACAGGUGCUGGGUAGAUUGGUAGAACAGGUGCUGCUGGGUGGAUUGGUAGAACAGGUGCUGGGUAGAUUGGUAGAACAGGUGCUGGGUAGAUUGGUAGAACAGGUGCUGGGUAGAUUGGUAGAACAGGUGCUGGGUAGAUUGGUAGAACAGGUGCUGCUGGGUGGAUUGGUAGAACAGGUGCUGCUGGGUGGAUCGUUACAUUGCAGGAUCAUAAACAGCCGACGUUUGAAAGUAGAGCAAAUAUUUGUUUAAAAAAAUAUAACAGCAACAAAUGUCAUGCCGUACCUUUGGUGCAUAGAAUGUAUAGUACAACAUCGGCAGCUUGAGAUGCAUGGGUCCGAUUUGAAUUUACCUUAGCGGUGUAGUAGUGUUGUAAUAAA